AAGACAUGUUGCGCUUGUAGUGAAUGGCUCGAUUAGAGCCAGUAUUUCGGGGGUUUUAGUUGUGUUUUGUACAUAUUUUUCUGUAUUUAAUCACGGGGGAUCUUACGAACUCAAGUCUUUCAAACCUGGAAUCAAUUCUGAUGAGAUCAUAUUGUAAAUAGAGUGUUAGAAAUUGAAGACUUAGGGUAAACUCUGCCAGGCGAUCACGGAGAUCUCACACAGGAGUCCAAAUAUAAACAUCGACAAUCUGCUCGACAGUUUCUAGCAGGUUGACAUGAACUACUGAUGCAAGAAGAGCCCCCUCAUUACAGCGCUAAAAUCAGUGCAUUCAGUAAUUUCAAGAAGAUAAAGGUAGAGGGGGCUUGUCCAAGUCAGCAUGUAGUUGUGGGGGCUAACCUGUACCCCAGCCCUCCACUACACCUGGAGCUAGCCCAGCUUCCUUAUGGAGCAGUGCCACAAGGAAACGAAUACGCAAAUAUCCAAGGGAUGCCUCAAAACUAUAUACGAGCCUCCACCAUUAAACUCUACAACACAUAUCAGCGAUGUGGAUUAAAACGUAAAAACGACGACGAGUCCCACAUGCAGCUUACAGAGGCCCAGCCAGUAUCAAGGGAGGAUGACAGUACUACCAAUACCACCGCAACCACCACCACCAACAACAACAACAAUGCUACGGCCACAACCUCUACCAAGGCCUCCUCAAACAACGAGGGUGACUACCAGCUGGUGCAGCAUGAAGUUCUCUACUCCAUGACCAAUGCCUAUGAGGUGCUGGAAUUUCUUGGCCGUGGAACCUUUGGUCAGGUUGUCAAGUGCUGGAAGAAAGGGACCAAUGAAAUAGUGGCGAUCAAGAUCCUCAAGAACCACCCUUCCUAUGCUCGACAAGGUCAGAUUGAAGUCAGCAUUCUCUCGCGCCUAAUGCAAGAAAAUGCAGACGAAUUCAACUUUGUUCGAGCCCAUGAAUGCUUUCAGCAUAAAAACCACACUUGUCUGGUGUUUGAAAUGCUGGAGCAGAACCUCUAUGACUUUCUCAAACAGAAUAAGUUUCAGCCGUUACCACUGAAGUUCAUCCGUCCCAUAACACAGCAAGUGCUGACGGCUCUACUGAAGCUUAAGAACCUGGGUCUGAUCCAUGCAGACCUCAAACCAGAAAACAUCAUGUUGGUCGACCCGGUGCGCUUUCCAUACAGGGUCAAGGUCAUUGAUUUUGGAUCAGCCAGUCAUGUGUCUAAGGCAAUUUGCUCCACCUAUCUCCAGUCUCGUUACUACAGGGCACCAGAGAUUCUUCUGGGCUUACCCUUCUGUGAGGCAAUAGACAUGUGGUCCCUUGGCUGUGUAAUAGCUGAACUGUUCCUGGGCUGGCCCCUCUACCCCGGCUCCUCCGAGUAUGACCAGAUUCGGUAUGUCUCCCAAACACAGGGCCUUCCAGCUGAGCACAUGCUCAGUGCCGCCACGAAAACGCCACGCUUCUUCAACCGGGAAACACGGGAGGCUGGGUACCCAUUCUGGCGACUUAAGACACCUGAAGAACAUGAAGCAGAAACCAAGAUAAAGUCAAAAGAAGCCAGAAAAUACAUUUUUAACUGUUUAGAUGACAUGGCACAGAUCAAUGUUCCAACGGACUUGGAGGGCAGUGAGCUGUUAGCAGAGAAGGUGGACCGACGAGAGUUUAUCGACCUUUUGAAGCGGAUGCUGACACUGGACCAAGAGCGACGAAUCACUCCAGGGGAGGCUCUAAACCACCCGUUUAUUAUGAUGUCACAUCUGAUGGACUACGCCCACUGUAACAUUGUGAAGCAGGGAGUACAGAGUAUGGAGAUUUGUCGCCGGCCUGGUCUCACGGUUUAUGACAACUUGAACCAGAAUUCCAGCACAAUGAUGACCAACUUUGUACCUUCUACGUCUGGCAACAUCACCGUCACCUUCAACAACCAAUUGAAUGCCUUACAUUCUCAGGUAAGGCACUCACAGCUACCAGCUCAAGCAAUGACGGGUCCGAGUCACCAAGCUACAGACAUCUCGUAUCUGGGGUAUGUGCAACCCGGUCCCUAUCUGCCAUAUCAGCCUGCACAGAUGACCCAACAGCUAGGGCAGCCCCUCCCUUCCCAGCGCUCGACCACCCACUUCGGUCGCUCAGACCCCUUCAGACAACAGCUCUGUAUGCCCUCCCUUGUUGUGCCAGCAACAAUGCAAGGACUAAAUUCACCCACAAGAUACAACGCUGUUCCCAUGGUUACCCAAGCGCCACAAACUCUGCAGCUGCAGCCCCAGCUGAUCACUCAAUCCGUGUCCUCACACCACCUGACCCCCGUCACAAUGUUAGAGACCCCACGUCAAGUCCUAAUGACCAAUGCGACCGUGAACUCAUGGUCAGGGAGUCGCCCUGUGCUGGUGAGUUCCUGGCAGCAGUUGCCAGGGCUGGCCUCUCAGCGACCCCUCCCCCAGACCAUGGUGGCAGACCCCCUAGCUGCACAGUCUGUGCCUGAAAACUGGCGUCGAUCCAUCGUGCUAGGAGAGGGUCUGGAUCAGGGGCCCACUCUACUACCUGUGGGUUCUGGCUCCCAGCAGUGGAACCUAGGAGUGUUGCCCAGCUCAUAUGGACUCAGCUCCCUCGCCGCUACUCAGACUGCAAAGCGCCACACAAGACACAGGUCAACAAAAGAGAUGACUUCCACUCAGCUUUCUCCGGUGAAAAAACGUGUGAAAGAGAACACCCCUCCUGAGCUGGACAUUGCCAUGGCAAGGGAGGAAACUCUGCAUGUCUCAAACUGGCCCAACACCAUUCACCACAAGCCCAUGUCAUCAGCAAGCCGGACCCAAAGGGAACAUCGUCAGCAGACAAUUGUGAUUGCAGAUACGCCAAGCCCUGCUGUCAGCGUCAUCACUAUCAGUUCAGACAGUGAAGAUGACAGUGAUCAUAUAGUUACAGCACCUAAGGCCACCAAAGAGUAUCACCAGGAAGUGAGGAGCAGCUACAAGUACAGCAGUCAGAAUUUCACCCAUUCCAGCAGUGACAAGAGUUCCACCUCACAUACUCAGCAGGCCAAAGGUGGAGUAAGGGGAGGGCGACCCCCAGUGAAGUGUCUGACAGUUCAGGACAGCCCAGACUCAGAAGUGAAGACUAGCCGCCAAGGCCACCACAAACACAUGUCCUUCACCCCAAUCAAACAUGAGGAAGGGGAGCGCAGUCAAACCAGCCUGCUGAGGGGAAGCAGCUGCAGCCUGGGCAGCCAGCUAAUAGGAGCAGACAGCCAGGCCAUGGCCAUGGUAGCACCUGCGGUCAUCAGUGACAGCCUGGCCCUCGGGCCCAGCCAUGACCCGGCCAAACAGUUGCUCACUCACAUUCCCAAACAGGAGAGUUUGGUCUGUGCAGACAGAACACACCGCAUCAGAUCCCCACGGCCAGAAGCUCGCCUCCCGCCUCUAGAGGUAGAAGUCCCAACAUCAUACACUCAUGGCAAAAUGGCUUUCAUUUCUCCAACUGUGCGACAGCCAACCCACAGCCAGCAUAGAGUGCACACUAACCCCACCAAUCCCAGUCUCGCAUCCAACCCAGGCUGCAGCAACCAACAGUGUAACAACAGCAGCAGCAGCUCAGCCAGCCAGUGUCAGAAGCAGAGGUCGUGUAAUGUGAAUUUCGUGAAUCGUCCAAUGGUGGGAGGGAAGCUGCCAUCCCCUGUACAGCAGUGUGCUCCCUUGGGCCAGGCCAUGUUUCUCGCCACAGCUACACAGCCUGUUGAGGUUCAGAGGGAUUACCGACGGCCUCCCCAGUUACAGGGCAGUCCCAUCCACCACUACAUUGUGCCAGCACACCAACAGCCCCAUGUUGCCAUCCCAGGCCCAGGACAGUUUGGGCCGUUCUCUCCAGGCAUGGCCCCGCCUCCUGCCCACCAGAGCCCACGGCACGUCCAGUACACAGCUCACCCCCUCCCUGCCCACGUCCACCUUCAGGCCGGCACCUAUCCUGCCCCUCUACCACCCCAGUACACAAACUCUAGCUACAUCAACUCCACAGCCCCUGCCAGUAUCUACGCAGCCUACCCACUUAGCCCUACCAAAACACGGCAGUACCAGUAUUUGUACCAGACCUACCCAGCCGAGUAGCGAUGUCUGCCUGUCACAGCAUUUCGGUCACUCCUCACCUGUGUAUAUAAGCAUAUGUUACCUCAGACUUUGAAAGUGAAACUGUCAUAUACUGGCUGAAGCCACAGCUUGCUGUCACAGCUGUGCUGUUUUCUGCGGUCACUAGUCAGUGGGUGGGGUAGCAGGAAUUUUGGCUGAGCAUCCUAGAACUGAUCGUAAGAAAGGGCUGUGUAACGUGGUUGUGAAUUUGGGUAGAUGUCUAAGAGUCUUGUUUGACUCAAAAGACAGGUAAACUGGCCAGAGGAUAAGGUCACUUGGAGUGAGAAGUGCUGGAAAGUGAGGGGAAAUAGCUGUUGUGUGUAGAUGGUUAAUCAAUUUUACCUGUAUUCGAGAAUUGUAAGAUUAGAAAAAACAUUUCAGGUGUGCAGUUAGAGGAAGGUUACUCUGGCUUUUUUUGUUUUGAAGUUGUGUUAUGAUGUUUUUGGUGUUAAAAAGCGUGACACUGACCACUGGAAACAUUUCGUAUUUUGUGAUUUUCAUAUAUAUAGGAUUAAUCUAUAUUCAUUACUUGAGCAACUUGAUAUUGUACGAAUGACUAUUGUGAAUUGCAUUAAGCUGUUGUUUGACAAUCUAUGUUAUGAUAUCACUGUAUUUUUCCUCCCCUAUUUUCUUCAGUCGCACUGCCUUUCUCACCUAAUCAGUACCCAUCAGUUGUGCAGUGCUCAGAUCACACACAUGCUAAUGUCCAACUUCAGAUUACUAAGUGCAUUGUGACUGGUACAAUUCCAUUUGAAAUCAAUGUUUCACAGUUGUUACUUAAUCGUAGAAAAUUGUUACAAAUUCUGUAAAUAUUUAUAUAUACGUAUAAAUAUACAUAUUAUAUAUUUGUAUAGUGCAUUGAAUACAAUGGCUGAUGGGAGUGUACAUGAUAGGUAUUUAUAUAAUCAUUUUCUCAUAUAACAAUUUGUAUAGUUCUACCCAUUUGGGAAUCAUUUGUGGGCUUUGUAUCCUUAAAUGUUAGUUAGUGAAGUAGUUGCUUUAUGUCAACUUCUAUCUUGUUUUGUGUUUUGAUAAUUAGAAGAUUUGCCGGCUCACAGUGGCAAAGAGAAUAGCUGUGUAUUUUUCUGGUGUAUAGUGGAAAGUUGGUUUUGUGUUCCCUAUUGUACUGCUGUAGUGGUACGUGGUGUGUUUGUGGGUGGGGAAGUGUUGUGAGUGUGCUAUUUGAUGUGUCACAUGGACCAGCUGUUUGGAGGAGGUCUGGGGCAGUAACAGCCCCAACAACCUCCAGAAUCAGGUCUUCGAAGUGCACAAGAACUGGAACCAACCCAGACAUGUCAAUUCUUGUUAUAUGCACAUAAAUUUACUUGUGAUAUUCAGAUUAAAAACAAAAAUUAUCCUAUAAAUUUGAUAUCCUAACCAAAGCUAGGGAGUGUGCUAUAUUAGUGGUGUAGAUUUAGAGACAGUCAAGUCUGGGUACAUAUUAUGUAAUCAAACUACUUGCCAGUAUUUGGGAUCUUGUCUUUCAAGAAGAUCAAUAUUCAGUUUCAUGUACACUAUUAACCUUCAUGCAACCGGUCACCUGGGGGAGAGUAUUGUCAUAGUGACAUUCAUCACAAACACUCACCAACUUAUCAGGUGAAAACUUUAGUGCAGUGUAUGUAAUGUGAGAUUUGCCACUUCAACUUAGAGCCAAGUAUUUGAACCAGAUUGUUCCGCCUAUACACUUUUGGAGGAGGGUCCAACACUUUGUGCAUUAUUACUCCCAUACAUUUCACAUUGUUAAUUUUCAUUUCUCUCUUUGAUUUUGUUACAUUAAGAUAGAUGUACCACUGGUAGGUUUGUCUUACACUGGUGGUCUUGUAUCUUUUUACUCGGUACACAUCACAUUUCAUAGACUUCAAAGUUUACAUAGUAGGCUUAUUCGUGUAGUUGCCACAGUUUACUUAGUAUUUCUACAAUGUUGGUGGUAGGCUCCUGUUUUUCUCUGUUGCCUGUUUGUUAUGGACUGGACAUAGAUAUUGUCAGUACUUGUUAAUUAUAGUGUAGUUAGAAAUAGAUUGACUGGAUGUGGUAAUGUACUUACUCGGGACAUGUAUGGUGUAGGGAAACCUUCAAGCCCUGGCUUGUUUGUAAAGCCACCUAGCUCCAAGGUUGUCUUAAAGCCUUGUAUUAUAAUCAUAUUUAUGCAGUCAAUUUAUCUUUUGACAUUUCCGAUUUUGCUGUUUCAACAUUGAAUUAAUAUAAUGGUAUUAAUUUGCAAUUGAUCAUCAAUGACAAGAUUGUGCACAGAAUAAGAAUCUGUAUGUAUUGAAUUUAAAUUUGUUUUAUUGGGCAGGUUAUUUUACGCAUGUUAUUUUUCUGUAGGUUCAGGUGAUUCGGGUCUGCUUCAUCUUUGUGAUUUGUCCAAUGCCUCACCUCUUAUAAAAAUGGGCUUGGCCUCUGUAAUGUGUACAAACCAAUGAGUUAUCAUUUUGGUGCUAAAAGUAGAUUUAAAAGAACAUUUCAGUGACUCGAAUCUAAACUUUUGGAACACCUGGAUUAACAUCUGCUGGUCAAAAAACCCCUGUUGUGGCUGUGCAGUGUAUGGUUUAUAUCAUGUCAUCUGUCUGUCUGUUAGUCAGAGACACUGCAGGGCUGUCAUCCAGCAUUUCACAGGUUGGCAUCUCAUCAAGAAACAUGUGUUCUCCUAACAAAAGUGUACUGGGUACUAGGUAUACCGGUAUAUAGUGUUGCGUUUCAUUAGUCACUUGUGUAUUAUAAAUGCCAUUUCCAUUGUCCGUCAUUGUACAUUCGUCACAUAGGACUGGAUAUACCUCUAACUGCUUACUCAGCAUGUACACAGUUUCAUGUGAUGUUCACAUAGUGUUAGUGCGCUCGUGUCCAGCUUGUAUUUGACACCACACUUACAUUUAAUUCCCCAGUUUGAUUCAUUCAGUAGCUUUCUGUCUUUGCCUGUGCAGAAUAAUAGUACAGUUUAUUUACUACUAGUGAGAAUGACAUGGAUUGAAUUAGUCUAUCUGAUCUCACGGAAUUUCUGUGGUCUUGUUAUGUAAUCAGUGUCACCUAUCUUUGCAUUUAUCUAUAUUCUUUUUGUUUGUUGCUGUGUAUCUUUUAUUUAUGUCACAUAUAUACUUGAAACUUGUCAUUUAAGGCACAUGAUUAUUAUGUUAUUUUAUCCAGCACUUGGUGUGGUAUAGACGUUUUUGUUUGAUGUUUUUUGUUUUGU